UCCCCCGUUCCCCGGUACACGCUUUAAAUACACAAAUUCGUAUCAAUAUGGCGGAUAAACGGAGCGUAAGCGCAGAUGUUACUACAGGUAUGAUUGUAAAUUAUGAAUAAUUCAUGUUUUCAAUGUUUUUUUAGAAUAUUUUUAGAACAUAAUUUGCAUAAGGUGUAUGUUAGAAAUAUUUAGUAAGUUUAGUAUCGGCAUAAACGGCAAUAAAACAUGAAAAAAUGUUUCCUUCUUUGAUUUUUAUAUUGAAAAUUUCUACACGAUGCCGUCGAUGCGGAUAGAUUUGGCCGGCCCGGUUCUACUAUGGUUGUGUCUCCGUAUUCUCUCGAUGCUGUUAAAUGCGCUAGCUUGAACUUACUCAUACAUGCGGUAACUGAUUGUAUGCAGUUAGUAGGCACUAACUUAAGAUUAAUAAAAUGCUGCUUCAAACAACCAAAGAAUUUUUUAUUCUGUGUCAAAGGCUACAAUAAGGUCAAUAAGGUAUCAAGUUUUCUUUCACUUGUGUGGGCUGCAGCAGUGUGUAAAAUAAGAAUCCUUCCAUUUUCAUUAAAAAUAUGCUGGAAAAAGAACCAUGCUUUACUGGGAGGAAAUUUGCCAAACACCUAUAUUUUUUUCAAGAAAACCCCCCAAUUUUUUUAUUUGUAAAAGAAAAUAUAAAUGAUUUGUAUUGUAUUUGAAGUUGAAAAAAUGAGUUGAAGCUAGAAAUGAGUUGACUUUUUCAAUUUUGUUACAAAUUCAUCAAUCAGACCAACUAAAAUUACAAUUAGGUGAUGUUCUAAUAUGUUGAUUGGUUGACAUACAUGAUUGUGCAAGCAGAAACCCAGUCAAUGAGAUAAGAUUUAAAUGUAAACAUAGAAGGAUUUUGAAACCAACACAUGCUCUGGCUUUUAGAUCAGAAUUAAGACUGUUCUGUAAGAUUAGUGUAUUCAAGCGUAAAAUGGUCUGCCACUCUGCCUGAAUAGUAUGGAUGAUGCACAAUUAUGAAUCAGAAAAUUUCAAAGUGAAAAUUAAAAGUAGAAGAUCUUUAGAAAUUAACUUAUUGUUUAAUUUAAAUGCCUGAACAAUUUGCUAAGCCAUGGGAUGUGCAAAUAUGCAUAUUUGAUGUGCAAAUAUGGGAUGUGCAAAUAUGCAUAUUUGAAUAAAUCAAAUCUUGUAUGUUUAAUAUGUUUUAUUUCAUGGAACAUUUUAAAAAAAAUAAAUUAAUUAAUUUCGCACCUUGUUAAAGAUUGUGCUUUUCACUGGUGGAUUCCAAUGAAGAAAACUUUGACUUUCUUCAAAAGCAUUUUGUACCACAGCUGUACUUUGAGUCUGGAUAUAAGUCUGGACAAUGAAACUCUUUGUUGAACUAUUUUUAUACAAGUUAUGUUAAAUUCACAGAAGUAGAAAGGCUUUGUGCUUUGUACUAUUACUAUAUAAACUAUAUAUAUAAAUACUAUUUCUUACACUGAUUUCAUAAUGCUUGUUUUUAAACAGGAGGAUUGAUGCCACUGGAAUGAAUGGUUGAAAAUGUUAUUUGUUAAACCAUAUUAUAAUUUCAUUUGUUUAAUAUCUAGAUUUGACGACCAGUGAAGUCAAUCCAGAAGGAAAUAGAUCAAAGGUUGAAGUCAAUUGUUCUGAGAGUGACAUGCAAUGUCUAAGUGGGUUAGAUUAAUAAAUUACUGUUUCUUAAUAUAGCGCAAAAUUAGUAAUGUGGAAAAGGAAAGGCAAAGAUUGGAGAAGGUUAAAAAAAAGGGAAAGACAAAUGUGUCCGUGCAGAAAGAUUUACUUAAAACACGGAUAUUCUGUGGGAGCAGCAUAGUUACGACGUGGUCGUUCUCUUUCACUCGUGCAAGCCAGGGCCAAAACAGCGUCACAUCUUUGACUUUUAUUCAACACCUGGCUGUGGCAGAGCGUUCAUGGGCGGCGGGGUCAAAGAAAGGAGCUCAUCUUCAUAUGGUGCUAUUGUAAUGAAAGCCUUUGAAAAGUUUUGCCGUGAAAAUUCAUCGAUGUUCAGGGAAGCUGGCGUAAAAGAUGCAAGCCAACAAGAAACGCCGACUACCUCUAGCAAUCCUGUUGUCGUGAAAGAUGGUGAAUUUUCACCGGGGGAACUGCCUGUACAUUCUAACGCUUUAGCUUCGACUUCUUUCUCAACGCCACCACAGCAUAGCAGUGACCAAGAGAAUGUGCCCACACAUACGCAGCAACAAACAGAUCUCCCUUACCUUGCCCCUGAAGAAACCUCUAUGUCCACACGACCAAUUCCUAGUCGUCCGGAAGGGAAUGUCCCAAUCCCAGCCCAGCAACCAGAACGUUUUGUGUCCACACCUACAAUUCCUAGUCGUUUAGACGGAAAUGUCCCAACGCCUGCCCAACGACAAGAAAGUGCUCUACCUUCCAGACCAAGACAAGGGCGUUUAGAGGGGACCGCUCAUAGACGUGCAAACGAUCCUGGUAGCGUUAAAUUUAUUGAAAGAUCUGUUGAUUUUUCCGACAACCGUCCAUCGCUACCAACUCCGAUAGCACAAUUGGGAUCAAGUUCGCCAGAUAGAUCUCUUGUGUCCCUCGUAAAUCAUUCUGGUUCAAUGAAUCCUUCAACGGCCAAACCUUGCGAUGUAACCUGUUACAAAGUAGGUGGUGAGAACACAAAUUGUUGGGUUUUUCCAGCAAACAUAAGCCAAGCCACCCUUGACGGUCGAAAUGGCAGUAACGCCUGCACUGUCAUUACGAUGAUCUUGGGAAGUGUUAUAUUGCAUUUGGAUCUUCCAUAUCCGCGUGCUGGCCCAUUAAGUCCAUUGUGGUGUUCUCUGGUAGAAAAAGGUAUUCGUCUUGGGAACAAAAUUCACGACGAAAACGAGCAAGGAAGACGAAAUUUGACCCCACUUGAAGCCGUUUACGCACUACGUUCAGUAAAGAACAUCCAUGUUGACGAACCGUUAGCAGUUCGCUUACGUGAUCCACAUGAGCCUUCUCAACUCGCCUACCAAAUUCAACGAAUGCUCGUUAAGAAAAAGUCAGCCGCAGCAUUUGUUCAGGGCGACAGAUCAUUUCUUUUAAUGACAGAGGAAAGCGGACACGUUUUAGCUAUCGACACCCACACCCAUAUGGAUGGAAGUCGAGGAGCAGUGAUUGUCACUUCGAAUGCGUUGACAGAUAUAGCCAGCUUUAUCCUUGCCAUUGAGGCGACAUUUUCACUUGAAGAGGACUCGUUUGGAAACUUCGUCAAAUUUUAUUAAAUAAAAGUCAUUUGUUAGUUAAUUUGUUUCUAGCUUAUUUUAGCAGUGGUACUCAAAUAUUAAUGCGUUCG